AUGGAGCUCUACAGAGAAUCCAUUCUAAACCAGACUGAUUUUUCAUUUUCACUGGCAAAGCAACUCCUCUCCACCGAUUACAAGGACACAAACGUCAUUUUCUCGAUGUUGUCGAUCCAUAUCAUGUUGGGCAUGAUUGCGGCCGGGUCAAAAGGGCCGACCCGAGAUCAGAUGCUGGGGUUUUUCAAGUCCAGUUCCAUUGAAGAACUGAACUCGCUCUUGGGACAGCACGUGACCAAGGUGUUCGCCGACGGUGAGCCGCUUGGUGGGCCCCGUUUGUCCUUGGUCAACGGCAUUUGGGUUGACCAGAGUCUCAGCUUUAAGCCCUCUUACAAAGAAAUUGUCGAGAAUGGUUACAAGGCUGCUUCUUAUCGUGUUGAUUUUUGGACUCGGGCUGAUGAGGUACUAGAAGAAGUGAAUAAAUGGGCUGAGAACGAAACAAACGGUCUCAUCAAAAAUAUACUAGGACCUGGUUCAGUUGAUGCUAGCACUAGGCUUAUCCUCGCUAAUGCAGUGUAUUUUAAAGGAAUGUGGAAGGAAACAUUUGAUGCGUCAAUGACUAAAGACGACGAGUUUUUCCUCUUAAAUGGAAGCUCAAUUAAAGCACCUUUCAUGACAAGUGGGGAAAGGCAAUAUAUGCGUUAUUUUGAGGGUUUUAAGGUGUUGGGGCUGCCAUAUAAACAAGGUGAAGAUAAACGCAAAUUCGCAAUGUACAUCUCUCUUCCGGAUGCAAAAGAUGGGCUUCCAUCCUUGAUAGAGAAAGCCGGCUCCGAAUCUGGAUUCAUCGAGAAACACCUCCCACUUCGGGAUGUCGAAGUCGGUAAUUUCCAAAUUCCAAAAUUUAAAAUAGAAUUCGAAUUCGAAGCAACAAAAGUUCUGAAGGAGCUCGGAAUGGUGCUUCCAUUUUCAAGUGGUGAUCUCACUGAAAUGGUGUACUCAACUAUAACUACACAGACGGCGAAUUUGUUCGUGUCGAAAUUUAUCCACAAGGCGUUUGUUGAAGUGAACGAGAAAGGCACGGAAGCUGCAGCGGUUUCGAUUGUUACUUUUGACACUUCACUAAUUAAGGAUAAAUUGGAUUUUGUGGCCGACCAUCCUUUCAUGUUUGUUAUAAGAGAAGAUGUGAGUGGGAUGAUACUCUUCAUUGGGCAGCUUCUUGAACCCUCCACUAACCCCUCUGUAGAAUCCAUACUAAACCAGACCGAUAUUUCCUUCUCACUGGCAAAGCAACUGAUCUCCACCGAUUACAUGGACAAAAACGUCAUUUUCUCGCCGUUGUCGAUCCACAUCUUGUUGGGCAUGAUUGCGGCCGGGUCGAAAGGCCCGACCCAAGAUGAGAUGCUGGGCUUUUUCAAGUCCAGUUCCAUUGAAGAACUGAACUCGCUCUUGGCGCAGCACGUGACCAAGGUGUUCGCCAACGGCCAGCCGCUUGGUGGGCCCCGUUUGUCCUUGGUCAACGGCGUUUGGGUUGACCAGAGUCUAACCUUUAAGCCCUCUUACAAAGAAAUUGUCGAGAAUGGUUACAAGGCUGCUACUUACCGUGUUGAUUUUCAGACUCAGUUAUUGUAUUUUCAUGUGUUGAUAUUCUUUUUGAAGGCUGCUGCGAAUGCGGUAAUUAAAAAAGUGAAUAAAUGGGUUGAGAAGGAAACAAAUGGCCUCAUAAAAAAAAUACUGCCGCGUGAUUCAGUUAAGUGUGACACUAGGCUCAUCCUCGCUAAUGCAGUGUAUUUUAAAGGAAAGUGGAAGGAAAAAUUUGAUGCGUCGCGGACUAAAAAGCAAAAGUUUUUCCUCUUAAACGGAAGCUCGAUUAAAGUACCUUUCAUGACAAGCCGGAAGACGCAAUAUAUCCGUUAUUUUGAGGGUUUUAAGGUUUUGGGGCUCCCAUAUAAACAAGGUGAAGAUAAACGCAGAUUCUCAAUGUACAUAUUUCUUCCGGAUGCAAAAGAUGGAUUGCCAUCUUUGAUAGAAAAAGCCGGCUCCGAAUCCGGAUUCAUUGAAAAACACAUCCUUCUUUCGGAAGUCAACGUUGGUAAUUUCCUAAUUCCAAAAUUUAAAAUGGAAUUCGAAUUCGAAGCAACAAAAGUUCUGAAGGAGCUCGGAAUGGUGCUUCCCUUUUCAAGUGGUGAUCUCACCGAAAUGGUGUACCCAACUAUAAGUACCGAAGAGAAGAGUUUGUUCGUCUCGAGUAUUAUCCACAAGGCGUUUGUUGAAGUGAACGAGAAAGGCACGGAAGCUGCAGCGGUUUCGAUUGGUGUAUUUUCUUUUCAGUGUUCGAGAAGAAUUGAGAGGAAAUUUGAUUUUGUGGCUGACCAUCCUUUCAUGUUUGUUAUAAGAGAAGAUGUGAGUGGGAUGAUACUCUUCAUUGGGCAGCUACUUGAUCCCUCCGCUAGUUAAUUUGCGGCACAUGUUAAUUUUAUUACCUCUUUUGAUUUUGUGGUUUGGAUUGAUAAACAUAUUGAGUGAUUAAUAUAUUGUGGUGGAUAUGAUUUGUAAUAUAAUGAUGUUAUUUGCACAGACCCCUGUGUAAUUUCUAAU